CCGCAUUGGGGUUGGUGCAACAUUCAGAGAAGCCGGAACUUUUGCGAAACAGACCAAAACCAAUAAGAUAAACAAGUUACUGAUCCUGCUUCCAUUCGCUUUCUCAGCGCUGAAUGAGGCAACACUGGGUUUCAUUCACAAGACUGUCGAACAUUGGGUGAAAGGAGAUCAACUCAAACCUCGGGGUUCGCGGGGAGAGUGCUGCGGCCGAGAAGCCUCCCGCUUUUCUAAGGGCGCCCUGGUCUUGAAGGUGGUACGCAUCCGUGAGAGAGAGAGAACGACAUUUUAUGGGCGUUGGCAUUUUAAACAUUUAUUUUACAGGAGACAGCAACAAAAAGACAAAGAGGACGCUCGAGCCCCCAACCACUCUGCACAUUUGGUGCUGGGAUUACUGGAUUGUCACACAGGCCACACCGUGAGAAACAGCCAUCAAGAAUGGAAGGAGCAAGCUCCAGGCAACUGGUCACUCAGUCUGAGAAUGCCACAUUUUUCACAAUGGAACAGCUCGAAAAACUGAAAUACUAUGAAAAAGGCAGCAUGGAAAAAGUUACCUUUCUGAUACAACAGAAGCUAGCAGAACUGGAUCAGACAGAGCUGAACAUUGCAGUGACAGGAGAAACAGGUACAGGAAAAUCCAUCUUCAUCAAUGCCAUGAGAGGACUUGAGGACACCGAUGAGGGAGCUGCUGAAGUUAAUGUCAAGGAAACUACAAUGAAGCCAACCAUGUACCCACAUCCCAAUCAGUCUACUGUCUGCUACUGGGACCUGCCGGGGAUCGGAUCCACAACAUUUCCAGCUGGCGAAUAUCUCAAGAAAAUGGAAUUUGGAAGGUACGAUUUCUUCAUCAUAAUAUCAGCGAAUCGUUUCAAAGAAAAUGAUGCAAUACUUGCUAAAGAGAUUAAAAAGCUUGGGAAAAAUUUCUACUUUGUCCGCGCUAAGGUUGAUCAAGAUAUUUAUUCAAUGACAAAGGGGGGAAAAAAGAAAAUUAAUGUGGAAGAAAAGCUGGAUAUUAUUCGGAGUGACUGUGUCAAUAAUUUGAGAAAAGUGGGGAUUCAGACCCCACCUGUGUUCCUAAUAUCCAGUUUUGAACAGGAUCGAUAUGAUUUCAAUUGUUUAAAUGAUAAACUUGAAGGUGAUCUCCCGAAUAUAAAGAAAAGGAUCUUUGUUCUGGCCUAUGCAAACAGAAGUGUGGAGAUUGUUCAGCGGAAAAGCAAGAUGCUGCAGCAACAUGUCUGGAUGUCGGCAACAAUUUCGGGAGCUGUAGGAGCAGUCCCCAUUCCUGGUCUCUCCCUUGCUUGUGACAUCACCAUUCUGAUUGAGGAAAUAAUCUCUUUUCGUAAACACCUGGGUCUGGAUGAAGCUUCUCUUCAAAGACUGGCCAACAUCACAGAAAAACCUGUUAAAGAGCUUAAGGCCGUUGUUAACCCUCUUCUGCUGGGGAUAAUAAAUAAAGAUAUAAUUAAAAGGUUAGGUUGGGGUGCUACAUCUGUUGCCGUUUCAGCUUUGGAAGUUGGUCUUAACUUCAUCCCUAUCAUUGGUUCCAUUUUUGGAGCAGGAUCAUCAUUUCUCAUGACCUACAGAAUACUGACCGAUGCUCUGAAGGACCUUACAGAGAGUGCAGAGAGGGUGGUGAAGGUUGCAUAUGGCAUUGAUUAACUGGUCAGCGCCAACAUCAAAACAAUGAGCUCAUGUUAUACUGCGGUAAAAAUAUUCAAUCGGCCUGUCACUGAACCCUGCUGUAAUUCUACAUGACAACUUUCCCCUUUGCUGCUUUCCUUCUGAAAUAUUUCUUAUCCAUUUCUGAGGAACACUUGUGCCUGACUGAGGGAGUCCCAAUCUGUUAAAGACAUGAAACAGAUGGACAUAUAUGACAUGUAAUUUUAAUUUGAAGAAGCGCUGAGAAGUUAUAUUCAGGUAUCUGAAUGAUGCUCACCCGUCAAUCAAUAGCCCAGUGUCAGACUGUGUGGACACUAUAAGGUCACAGUGUAUGCAAUAUUGCUGUGCACAAACUGGUGGCUGUGUUUUCCCUUCAAUAUCUAUAGAGACCUGAUUGUGACAUCAUAAAAAGGGCAAUGGACUGGCAUUGCAAGAACUUGCAGUAUCAGAUGAAACAGCAGCCAGAGACACGACUGAGUUGCAGUCAGGAAUGAAAGUGAGCUGGAACUAAAUCUCAGCGUCUAAAGAGAGAUGAGCCUGACAAUCGGAUUGUGUAACCAUUGUGGCAAGGGCUCACAUACACCAGACUAUUUCAGGUUUAAAGGGGAAACUUGCAGAAAAUGCAGUAAUGUAGGUCACAAAGCAUGUGCGGCAGACAAAAGUAAAUAGUGUUCAAAGAUGACAUUGGAAAACUCAAACUUAUCAACAGUAAAAUAGUGUUACUGAAAAUGCCACAGCCAAAUUUUAUAAAGCCCAUUUGGUUCCUUCUACCAUCAGUGAUAAAGUAGCCAGUGAGCUAGAUCAGCUGGAGGGUAAAUAAUUAUUUUCGAGAUUGUGUGGAGCCCAUCGGCAAUAGCAGUGUUCACAUUAGCCAAGAAGAAUGGGUCUGACAGGAUCUGUGGUGAUUUUAAAGUCAACACCAACCCAGUCCUGAAAGUAGAUCAAUGCCCUCUGCCCAGGAUAGAGGAUAUCUCUGGAGUGAAGUUUUCAGCUGUGGACUUAACUGAGACCAACAGAUGGUGACAUCAGUCACUGUACUCACACAUUAUGAAUCACACCAUCCCAUGAAGCUUGUCUGUGAUGCCUUGUCUUAGGCACAGGUGCAUUCAAGGCAAAAGUGAUGAGUGAUGUAUGUGAAUGUUCCAUAGUUGUUGUGUCAUGUUUCCUCACCGCUGCAGAGAAAAAUAAUGCACAGAUUGACAGAGAGGCCUUGAGUCUUGUUUGGGGAGUAAAAUGAUACAACCACGAUCUGUAGAGAGUUUACCAUCACUACUGAUUAUCAACCACUGGUGUCCAUUUUCAGUCCACUGAAGAAUAUUCCAUUAACUUCAGCUGCACAAAUGCAAAGACGGGCUCUGAUUCUUGGAGGACACAAUUACAAGAUCAAAUUCAAGUGGAUGACAAAUCAUGAAAAUGCUGAUAGAUUGUCUAGGCUUGGAGCCUUCCCCUUCAGCGGUGCCUGGGUCCCAGUGCAAAGUAUGACACACUGUUUGGGCAAUUUAAACACUGGCCUAGAUAUACUGGAAAGACAGGAUGUCAGGAUUGCAGGCGACAGCUGAUAUCACUCGUUGUCCCGCAAUGACCACUCCUCUCUCCAUGGUGCUGGGGCUAUGAAGACUGCCCUGGAUGUUGUCCUCUGUACCCACUAAUGUAAUGAACUGAUACUGAGGCUUUGGGUCCACUAUGGGCUGCUCUGGGGUUUGGAGUGAAUGACUCAUUUUGGUUCAGAAUGCUGUUGCUGACUUCUAUUGUUUGAAUGAUCUGUGUUUAUUUCUCCCUUUCUCUCUGCACCAGGUGUUGGUCUUUAUCUGAUUUUCUUUUCAUUGGGUUCUUUUUGGUUUCUUGCUUUGUGGUUGCCUGUAAGAAAACAAAUCUCAAGAUUGUAUGAUUCAUUCAUUCUUUGAUAAUAAAUGUACUUUGAAAUUUGA